UCCCCUCUGGAAGCGAUGAAAGGCCCUCGGGAAAAGAUCAUCUACGUGCCCUGCAUCUACAGGAACACCGGGAAGGAAAUUCCCGAUUUUCUGGCCACGGUGGACGUGGAUCCCGAAUCCCCCUCCUACAGCCAGGUUAUCCACCGGCUGCCCAUGCCCAACGUGGGGGACGAGCUGCACCACUCGGGCUGGAACGCCUGCAGCAGCUGCCACGGGGAUCCCGGCAAAUCCCGGGAUUUCCUCAUCCUCCCCGCCCUCGUCUCAUCCCGAAUCUACGUCGUGGACGUGGCCACCGAGCCCCGAGCUCCCCGCAUCCACAAGGUGGUGAAUCCCGAGGAUGUGUUCUGGAAGUGCGGCCUGGGGUACCCGCACACCUCGCACUGCCUGGGCAGCGGGGAGGUGAUGAUCAGCACCUUGGGAGACCCGGCCGGAAACGGGAAAGGCGGAUUUAUCCUGCUGGACGCCGAGAGCUUCGAGGUGAAGGGGACGUGGGAGGAGGGGGACGAGGUUCCCCCCAUGGGCUACGACUUCUGGUACCAACCCCGGCACAACGUCCUCAUCAGCACCGAGUGGGGAGCGCCCAAAUUCCUGGGAUACGGAUUCGACCCCAGCGACCUCGGGAAGGGGCGUUACGGGCGCCGGCUGAACGUGUGGGACUGGAGCAGCCACAGGUACAUCCAGGCCAUCGACGUGGGCGAGGAUUCGGCUCCGCUGGAAAUCCGAUUCCUCCACGAUCCCGACGCUUCCCAAGGAUUCGUGGGCUGCACCAUCAGCAGCGCCGUCCACCGCUUCUACAAGACCCAGGACGGAGCCUGGGCGGCGCAGAAGGUGAUCCAGGUGCCCAGCAAGAAGGUGGAGGGCUGGAUCCUGCCGGAGAUGCCAGGAUUCAUCACGGAUAUCCUGAUUUCCCUGGACGACCGCUUCCUGUAUUUCAGCAAUUGGCUGCACGGCGACGUGCGCCAGUACGACAUUUCCGACCCCAAAAAUCCCAAACUGGUGGGGCAGGUGUUUGUGGGCGGCAGCAUCGUCAAGGGAGGGCCGGUGAGGGUGUGCGAGGAUGAGGAGCUGCAGAGCCAACCGGAGCCCUUCGUCAUCCAGGGCAGGAAGGUGUCGGGGGGGCCGCAGAUGCUGCAGCUGAGCCUGGACGGGCGGCGGCUCUACGUGAGCAGCUCCCUGUACAGCGCCUGGGACCGGCUCUUCUACCCCGACCUCCUCAGGGAGGGCUCAGUGAUGCUGCAGCUGGACGUGGACACGGAGCGGGGCGGCCUGGCCGUCAAUCCCAAAUUCCUGCUGGAUUUCGGGAAGGAGCCGGGCGGGCCCUGCCUGGCGCACGAGAUGCGGUACCCGGGGGGGGACUGCACCUCCGACAUCUGGAUCUGAUAUCCCGGGAAUUCUGCGGGAAUUCCGGGAAUUCUGGGAAUGGGGAAUGGGGAACGGCACC